AUCCCGGAAGCCCACUACGGAUGGCCGACGAGGAUCCCCGGCAGCCGGAGCCCGGAGCGGAGAGCCCGGCCGGCCUGCUGCUGCCCGGGUUGCAGGGUGCUGAGGCCAGCGCUCUGCAGCUCAGGAUCAAGAACUCCAUCUGUAUAUCUGUUCAAUCAAAAGUGGAAAACAUUCUGCAAGAUGUGGAGAAGUUCUCAGACAUCGAAAAGCUUUAUCUCUACCUCAAGCUGCCUUCUGGUCCGAGCAACACAGCAGAGAAAAGUGAGCAGAGCGCCCURUCAUCGAGCCGCACGCAGCAGAUGCAUGCGUUCAACUGGAUCCGGGAUCAUUUAGAGGAAUACCCGGAGACCUCUCUUCCCAAGCAGGAAGUUUAUGAUGAAUACAAGAGCUUCUGUGACAAUCUGAACUACCACUCGCUCAGCGCCGCAGACUUUGGAAAGAUGAUGAAAAACGUCUUCCCGAACAUGAAGGCUCGCCGGCUUGGCAUGAGAGGAAAAUCCAAGUAUUGCUACAGCGGACUUAGAAAGAGACCUUAUGUUCAUAUGCCGUCUCUGCCCACCCUGGAUCUCCAUAAAACACCAGAUGGGCUCCACUGUGACGUGCUGGACUCACCCUGCCAGCUGAGCAGCAUCAAAGAGGAAGUGCGAUUCGCAGCCUGUGAUCUUGUGUGCGAAUGGGCCCAGAAGGUGCUGAAGCGCCAGUUUGACGCUGUCGAAGACUUGGCUCGCUUCCUAGUCGACAGCCAUUACAUCAGCAACAAGUCGCUGGCAGCUCUCACCGUGAUGACCGGCACAGCAACAGAGGUCAAACCACCUCAGACCAUUUCAGCCUUCAUUCCCACAUCGGAGGCUCAUCCCUUUCAGCCUCAGGUGACGAUGUUUUCAUCACCGUCUGUGGAUGCGAAGCAGCAGCUGCAGAGGAAGAUUUAUAGGAAGCAACAGGAGCAAAAGCUUCAGUCUCCUCUACCUGGAGAUGGACAGACUAAGAGGGUAGAUGACAGUGUGCCUUGCAGCAGCCCCACCACUCCCUCACCACAGCCAACUAUUGGCAUCGUGGUUACAGCUGUCCCGAGUCCCAUCACGGUGCAGAAGAACAGGCAGCUGAUGUCACCGAGUCCUGUGGGAACAGUGGAGAGCAAAAUGCUGCCUAUUAACUUCCAAAUGGUGUCACAGCCCAUCCAGGCGGUGAAACAGGGCCCCAAACCAGUCCAAACGAUUCUAACCAGUCCGGUGGGUGAGCGCACAGCUCGGCAGCGCUACACUCAGAUCCUACCCAAACCUUCCAUCACCUCGGGUAUCACCCUGCGCUCACCCUCCACCAUGAUAAUCACCAACAGCCCCAUUAAGACCGUGAUGACUACAUGUCAUGUUAGCCCGGUCAGUUUGGUCAAGAUGGCAGCGAUAUCGCUGGCUCCUACUGGCAGGGAAACCACAUCCCUCACAAACGCCACGUUGCGGCCCGCAACUGCAGGCAUCACUUCUGCUUCGCCCAUUCUGGCCCCGCUGCCCGAGCCUGGGCCAAUCGCCGACCCUCAGAGCAUUGAUGUUGAAAUGGAAGUUGAAGCUAUACACGAGAACAGCCAAAUGCAAAGUUCUAGCGGUCAAGUUUUUACCCAAGGGUCAAACAGGGCUGGAGGUGCUGUACAGAGAGCUGCCAGUGUGCCCAUACCUCAAACUAAAGGCUUCCUUGGUGUGGAGGAAACAUCCAACAUUAGCUGCAGUGGAAAGUCUUCAUCGGGCACGAAUACUGUGGGUCAGAGCUCAAAUAAAACAAGCACUUUGCACUUAUCUUCUCCCUCUCAGAACACCAGCACUGUUACUUCAGUAAACACCAGCAGACUGUCGUCCUUAGACGGCCUCCAAGCAGAGGAGGGUUUCUUACCAACAAAGAGCUUCAGAAAACGCUCAGGUCUCAGUCCAGACUUUUCCCCAGUUAAAAGGGUUUUUAUGCCACAGCAACCAGCAGAUGGCACUCCUGGAUACAACAUCAAAAGUAUGGCUGAUUAUAUCUCCAGCCCAGGUACAACAGGUAGACCUGAAAGUGCACCAGUCACUCAGGAUGUAGAGAUGAAAAUGAGCUCCGUCUUGUCCACUCAAGUUAACACACAAAGCACUUCCUCUGUCAGAGCUAACUGCUUUAAUUCUGUUGCCAAAWCACACAUCUCAUUGCCGAGGAGCAACACUUCCAAUGUUAUGGAAAUUGGCUCAUCAGUCAGUGGCACGUUACAAAAACAGCCGGAGCACACGGUGGGUAAUAUGUAUGCCGCUAACCCUGGUUUUCAGAAACACACGGGUUCGAAUUCAAUCCCAGGAAACCUGAAAGGACCUCAGCACCAGACGUACGUCCAGUCCGAUCCCGCUAAUGACGCCCUUCAGUUUCUAAACCAAGCGUCAUCCAGUCAGCUUGCUGAGAAACACAUGGACUAUUUUUCCUUCGAUGACGACGUGACUCAGGAUAGCAUUGUGGAGGAGCUGGUUCAGAUGGAGGAGCAGAUGAAGCUGAAACAGCUCCAGCAGUUUGGAAACUGUGGCACCCUUCAAGACCAGCAUGUUUUAAUGUCAGACAACCUAACGUCCGCCAAUCAGGCCACAGCUGCUUUCUAUCAUGCUGCACACAACAGCAGCCACCUGAUCCAAACUCCCACACCCACGUCAGAGAUGAUGGGGGGACCGCAGAACUUCACCAGAGAGAGCCCCUGCUCCCACAUGGCCUCCACGACCCCGGUGGACAGCGCUUUGGGAAGCAGCCGAUACACUCCGGCGGGGACUCCGCACUCCAACUGCAGCAGCACUGUUCCUCCGAGUCCGGUGGAGUGCAGGAACCCCUUUGCGUUCACGCCCAUCAACUCCAGCACGACCUGUUUCCAGGACAGCAGCCCCGUCUCCAGCAGCCCCGUCAAACCCAUGCAGAGGCCGAUGGCCACCCACCCAGACAAGGCAAGGCUGGAGUGGAUGAGUAACAGCUACAGCAGCGGCGGCAGCAGUGGGACUAUAAACAAGUCAAACAGUGGAGUGGGGAUCCUUACAGGCUGUCGAGGUCUGAUAGACGAGCAUUUUCAGAAGCCUCAUGCCUUUGCCGUUCCUCAUGCACGCCACCACGACGGCCACUGUGGCCGCUUGACUCCCAUCUCCCCCGUGCAGCAGCAGGUAGCCGGCAUGUCCAACAAGCAGGAGGGUUUCGCUGUGCCGGCUCCCCUGGAUAACAAAACCUCCAACACGUCCGCUGCAACGUUCCGAUGCCGCAGCGUGAGUCCAGCGGUGCAUCAGAGGAAUCUGGGUGGGAACAACGCUCUCCCCAACGUCCCGCACUCCGUGGUGUCCCCGUUCAGUUCUCCAGUAACGCCUGAAAUGUUAAACAUCUUUUCUAAUAGCAAGCCAAAUCUGGGCACCAGCAGCUUGGCCCAGAGGAGCCGCUCGGUGCCGCUCAGCAUCAUGAUGCAAUCUGAGGUCCUGCCCGCACCGAACCAACCGUGCACCAGCAAAAACGUCACCAGUGUCCUUCUCAACAAGCUGGAAGGGGACAGCUGUGACUCGAUGCGAGGUUUAGGCGUUCAUAAUUUACCCUCCACCUACACGGCACGGAUGAACCUCACCCAAAUCCUGGAGUCCAAGUCCAACAGCUCCUGCACUGAUAACCAGCUGAACUUGAUGAAUGUUAACUCCACCAGCAGCUGUGUCUCACAGAGGCCAAAUUACCUUUUAGAAAGUUCUAUGAAUGGAGAAAUGGUUCUUUCAGCAGGGAACAACCAAACCCAGCCAGCCUCUGGAGAGCUAAUGUUAGCUUUGAGAUCGCAGCAGGAAGAGCUACAGCACCAGCAGCAGCUAGAUUUCGGCAGCGUGCAGCACCUCCUGACAGAUGGCGGCMUCACUGCCCCACAGCUCCUGGAUCAGGUAUCUGAGCUGACGGCAGGAGGACCAGAUUUCCCCUGUGAAAUCAGAUUGACAUCAGAGCUUUCCGGCAGUAUCAAUGACCUGAACGCGCUGAACACAAACCUGCUGUUUGACCCUAACCAGCAGCAAAACAGGUAUGAAAACGCCGCUGCGGAGGACCUGUUUCAGCAAAUGAGYGAGACACCACAUUCAGGUGGACUCGAAUGGUUGGAAAGCAAAGACCAUCCRGCUGUGGGGCUGAUGGGCUGAUGACAUUUCUUUGUUUUUGUUUUCCCUGUCAUGUUGAACAUGUUAAUCUGUGGUAGUUGUGUGUUUUAUUUAUUUUCAUUCAUUUGAACUGUAAAUAGCAACACUGGACUCGGUAUGUUUUGUCCAGUUUAAAGUGCCAGGCUGAAUGAACUGACAUCAUGCUGCAACACUUGAGUAAAAUGCCGGUCAUUACUCUUUAAUGAAAGUAAAAACACCUCAUGUUGUUUCAUCAAGCAUUAAAAACAAGCAGACAAAAAAAAAAAGAAAAUCUAAUAACAAAAAAAUAACGGUAUUGUGGUGUAAAGCUUGGCAACUGCAAUCAGUGCAUAAUUUAGGCUUAAUAUAAACAAAACUAUAAUAAAUGCUGGACUAAUAAUAUAACAGAGUCAUGUGUCAGGUAGAGUUWGUAAAUUAUCUUAGGAUAUUAACAAAAACUAACAUUAGGUUGUGUAAAAAUAUACAAUUUAUUGAUUCACUGUUUAGUGAAAAAAACAGAGAACCAAAAUCAUCAAUAUAAAUCUAUUUAUUAUAAUCUGAUUACAAUAUAGUAAUACAUUUGAUUACAUUCUAUUUAUUUAUUCCUGGCUGUUUCUUUGAUCAGUUUUCGCUUUAAUUGAAUAUAUUCAAAUUACACAGGAUAAAAAAAAUAAACUUUCAGGAACUACAAACUAAAGUAAAAUAUAUGCCUCAACAGUUAUUUCCAAAGCUAAUAUUUAAGUAGUUUGAGCGUUUUUACAAUAAAAGAAAAUAUUUAUUACCCAGUUACGGCAAUAAUAAAUUCGGCCUCUGUUCACAUUUGUGCUUUUUUACUUAGGCAAAUGAAAAGUCCCUUAAAACUACUUGUUUUAUGCAAAGUUAUUUGAUUAAAACAAAACUUAAUGAGAUAUAAAGUAAAGAAAAGCGACCUCUGUCUAGCAGCAAUCCCCUAAAAUAGCUUUAAGGAUUUAUAUGGUGGUUAUGUCACAAUGACCACUGUUCGGAUUUGAGGUUUUUAUGUUGUGAGCAGCCAUCGUCUACACUGCAAUUUAAAAAAAGAAAGUUUAAAAUAAAACCAUUUAUUUACUGAAGCCUCUAAAAGGGGAAAUCUUGCACUUAUGAACAGAAAACUUUAAAAUAGAAAAAAGCCAUUAUUCCUUUCAUGCAUUUUUGUGCAACUUUCUGUGAUUUUAAAUGACUGCACUCAAAUAUAAACUUGCACUGCCCGGUCAAAAACAAAGUCACCACCUCAGUUUACCAAAGCAAAAAGAUGAAGAGUCUUCCUCUGCCAUGAAUAUUAUGUUUCACCUGCAGGGAACAAGCUAUUUAACCCCAAAUGAUGCAGCUAAUGUGAGACUGUUGUUUAAUAAAAGAAUAAGCUCAUACGUGAAGUCAAAUAGUUGGAAUUGGAGAAACAACUAAAACGUGCAGGAUGAUGGCCCUCAGGUACCAGGAUUGGGCACUACUGCCCCAACAUUGGGAUUUCAAAGAGACGCUUUACACUGCAAUCCAACACUAAAUGAAGUCUGAAUAGAGAAGGAAAUGAGCGGUCCAAGAAACUGUUUAAAAAGAGAGUUGUUUUUUUAUUUAUUUAUUUGCAAGAUAAUCUUUAAUGCCUGUUGUACGGCACUGACAAUCCGUUGAGGUUAACACUGUGAGGCUGUUCUUAUGGAGCAGUCGUUGCGUUAAUGUGAAGUUUUUACACGGAUGCAGUGCAGCACGUGAACAAAACCUGCUGCCCCUCCACUGAGUCAAAGAUGCUUCUGGUUUCUGAGCCUUUCAUCCAUGCCAAAGAUCUGACCCAAGGCAACAUGCACUACAUGAUGGAUGAUGUAACUGAACCUCCUCUUACUGUGAUGUGCAAACUGAGGGUGUUUGAUAGCAGCUGUGAGACACGUACCAACACUUUGUCUGACAAGAAGAGGUGAUGAGGAAAAUUUACAGCAGUGGAAAGACGUUUGUCUCUAAAACUCUGUCGGGAAAAUGUUAUCAAAUGUAUUUAUAGGUAAAAACCACUGUAACUUACUGAUAGACUGUUCCUUUGUUUUGUUUUCUGGCUGAACUCUGUACAGACUAGUAGUGUGGUCAGUUUUCAGUACUUUGGUUUGUUUUUCUGCUCAUUUACAGUGUGUCAUUUGUGACCUUUAAUAACCUCGUGUAGUUGCAGUUGUCUGACCUGCACUGUAUCCUCUUGGUAUCAUAGCAUACUACCACCUCACAAUAUGUUUGUUAUAUUUUUUGUUUUUCACACAAUUUUAUCAUUUGAUGUAGUAAAUAUUGAGAUCUUAGGACUAAGAACUGGGUGUUGCUCUUGUUUUAAAAUAUAAAAAGGCACUAAAAUAUGCUUUAAGAUUAAUGUCUGGAUACAUUACAAAUGCAGUAUGCAAAAUAUGACAAAUUAACAGCAAAAAGUUAAAGUUUUAAUUGUAGCAAAAAACUGUUUUGACUGAAAAUGACUGUAGAAAGUUAAACCAGCUUUACUUGUUUAUUUUCUGUUCUGUUUGGAUAUUUAACUCCACUGUGUGUCUGUGUUUGUUAGCACUAAUAUUUGUUAAAUGAAGAUUUUUACCCUUCCUCUUGUAAGUGGUUCAAAGCAGCAGAGCUUCUCUCCACUUUAAAUUAUUUUUGCCAUGGCUUUUUACAAAUUUUUUGCAUUUUAGCUGUUGCUUUUCUAAGGGGAAGUGCUUGUUGUUACAUUUUUUAAAACACUUUUUAAACUAAUAAACAUUUUUAGGUACGCCUCA